AUGGCUUACUCAAAAAUGCUAGCGUUUUGCUUCUUUUUUUCCCUAUUCUUCAUCUCUUCUGCUCAAACCAACUGCUCCGACUUCCAAUUCCAUGACAAGUCGUUUGAUUCAUGCUCAAAUCUUCACACUUUAAACUCUUUUAUUCAUUGGAAUUUCUACCAGCCUUCUCGUACUGUUGAAAUCGCCUUUAGAAGGUCCGAAAAGGUGCAUGGAAGAUGGCUUGCUUGGGCUAUAAACCCUACAUCCACAGGGAUGGUUGGCUCACAAGCUUUUGUGGCAUUGCAACAUUCUGAUGGUACUCCUGAAGCAUACACAUCACCUAUUAACACCUAUGGAACUAUGCUCGAAAAGGGUGACUUGAGUUUAAGGGUUUACGACGUUUCAGCUCAGAAUAUCAAUGGAGAAGUUAUCAUCUUUGCCAAGUUUGAGAUUCCUACCAAUGGAAGUACUGUUGUGAAUCAUGUAUGGCAAGAAGGACCAUUACAAGAUGAUAAACCAAGAAUUCAUGACUUGUCAGGAGAUAACGUGAAGUCUUUUGGAACUUUGGAUUUCCAUUCAGGGAAAACUAUGGCUACAAAAUUAAAAUCAAGUUCAAGGUCUAAGCUUAAGAUUGCUCAUGGGAUUAUCAAUGGUGUUAGUUGGGGUAUGUUAAUGCCACUAGGUGUUGUUCUUGCUAGAUUGAGAUAUUUACCUUUGACAGAUCCUUUGUGGUUUCAUCUACAUAUUUAUUGUCAAAUUUUGGCUUAUUUUCUUGGUAUUACUGGUGGAAGUUUGGGAUUUGUACUUGGGAGGAAAUCUUCUGGAGUGAAAAUUAAACACACUUCUCAUAGGUAUAUUGGUGGUGCACUUUUAGGGCUUGCAACAUUACAAGUUUUAGCUCGAUGGUUGAGGCCCAAACCAGAUCACAAAUAUAGGGUAUAUUGGAAUUUUUACCAUUGGUGUACUGGUUAUGCUACUAUUAUAUUGGGAAUUGUCAAUUGUUUCAAGGGUUUUCAGAUGAUGGAUGUGGGAAUUUGGAAGAAUGCUUACAUUGGUUUUCUUGCUUCGUUGGGUUUUGUUGCUGUUAUUCUUGAAGUUCUGAGAUGGUUCUUGAAGGCUAAAAAAGACACAGAAGAAACUGCAGUGGGAGCUUAA